AUGAAAAAUCAUCAAGCUCAUCCCACUGGAUCAUUAGCCAUUCCAGAAGCAAAUGCUGUUAUUAAUGAUGAUAUUAAAGACUCUGGAAGAAAAUGGGGACGAGGCCGUGGCCGUGGCCAUUUUGGUAAAGGUAAUGGUCGCAAUUAUUCCUUCAAAAGAAAUAAUAAUUUCCGAGGUAAUUCCCAUGGUCGUGGACGUGGUCGUGGACGUGGUCGCGGUCGUGGUCGAAAUCAGAGAACCCCCAAUUACCACACGCCGCAAAAUAACAAUCCCAACCAGUAUAACAAAAGGAAUGAAGCUGGUAGGUCCGAAAACAAUGGCACUUCUUGUUUCAGAUGUGGAAGUGCAAACCAUUGGUCAAAGGCUUGUCGUACACCUUCACAUUUAUGUGAACUUUACCAAGCCUCUCUCAAAAGAAAAGAAAAAGAGAUGAACCAUGUGGAUAAUUUUAAUGAUAUCAACGUCGAACUGAAUGUCGUCGACUUUAUCAAUAACAUGGAACUCUGUAACGAAUGUUGCUAA